AUGCAUAGGGAGAAGCCCAGCGAGGGGAGAAAAAACGUGGGGGCGAUCCUUCACAGAUACUACGGCCUAGAUGGGCAGAGUGGAACCGCAAAGCAGGAGCAAGGGGGAGUAAAUGGAAUGGUUAGAAGUAACGAGGCAAAGCUGAAUGGUGGGAAGGAGGGAGAAUCACGCAUCAUGUGGAAGUCCCCAAAGGGAGGCAACCAGAUGUGCACGGAAGAACCCAUAGAUGCAAGCGAUUCGGAGCAGUUGAACCAGAAGAGCACCGAUUUUAACGUAAGCGAGUAUUUUAAGAAGAUGCUACAAAAGGCAUCGCUAAAAGAUUUGAUACAAAAAGCAAAAAACAUAGAAAAGGAAAUUAAACAGAAUGAUAACUUCAUGCAGUCAGUAGUCUACGAGAAUUACAACAAAUUUAUGAAGGCAGCAGAUACGAUUGUAAAUCUGAAACGGAAUUUUGGAGAUGUAAAAGACAAAAUAGGAGACAUAAAUGAGCAGUUGAAUUGUAUCGAUAAGAACUCUCAUUUGGUGAAUAAUAAAAUUGGGAAAAAUUACAAAAAGAUUAGAAGUUUGCUUCAGAUUAAGGAGCUACUCAAUGGGGUCCAUACCAUUAUGAGUAUCCCGAGGAGGAUGUUUGAUUUGAUCCUCUUAGGAGACUACACGCAGUCGUUACAGCUAUUUAUGGAGGCUGUUCCCUUCUUUCACGAUAAUAGAAGCAUGCGCAUUUUUCGGGACCUCUAUUUAGACAGCGAAAAUAUGGCCAGCAUCGCUUGUUACUACUAUGAGCAGGAACUCGGCAGGGGUAUCACUCUCAGUCGAAGUGAGCACACACAGUCCGGGGAGCAAUCCACCCAGUCUGGGAAGCAGCCCACCCACUAUGAUGGCAACUCCGCGGAAGACUUUUUUAAUCACCUCUGUGAGCAGGUCACCUCAAACGAGGAGAUCACUUCAGCUCUUUAUCUCAUUUUGGCAUAUGGUAAAGAUAAGAAGGAGGUCAGAAAUGUGUUUUUACGGAAUCGACUUGCAGCGAUGAAGUACCUACUGUGUGAAAUUUCCAAUUGGGGGAGUUACAUCGAAGACGGUGCGACCAAAGAGGAGGAGCAGGAUAAUGGUCAGUCCGCUUCAACACCGAACCAAUCUGCGAAGGAGAAGGAGCCCUUACGUCACCCCAGUGAGAGUGCCCCCCACGACGAAGGACAUAACAGGGUCUUCAAAACUGUGUUAGAAUUGGCCUACACGAAAUGGCUACAUUUCUUCUUCACCAUGAUACGCAGCUAUGGGCAGCUAUUUUUGCUAGACUUUUAUUGUGCGUGUGACGAGACGAGAAUGGAGAGAAGCGGAAGAUUGGAAGCCCUUGGCGGAAUCCCCCGGUUGAGGGCCUUGAUGAGGAAGCUGGGCGAGGCCACCGUUGACGCGAGGGGGAAAGGGGGGGCAGGUCAAGCCAGUUACAACCACACAGCAGCGAAUUACAACAACGACGCAGCCAAUAGUGGCAAUGCACCAGACGGAGUAAACCCCCCCCCGAUCAACUGGCAGGAGGGGCACCUUGAAGCCCUACUCAGCACGGAUGACGACAGGGAGAUGAUGGAGCUGCUGCGGAAGAUUCUCUUCAAGCUUCUGCAGGACCUGACGGUCGACCUCAUAUACAUGUUGAACCCCCCGGUGAAACUCGUCGCGCUGUGUGUGCGGGUGCUGCAGGAGGGGGUGCGUGACGAGGAGGGCGAAGAGGCGAGAAAAUCGACGCGCAACGCGGAUAACCUAUCCGUGAACCAUGGUAAUACUCACCUUGGGAGUACCCACCUUGGUAGCAACCAACGCGUCUCCCCCCUCAUGGACGAGUUCCUCAAGAGAAUCAACUCCGAACUGCUGAAGUUCCAUGUGUACAGCUUGUGCCUCCAGAACGACCGCAGCCUCAUGAGAUUCUUCUCCCUGUGCAAGGAGAAGGAAGCUAGUUACAUUUUGGAAAACAAGCCCGAGCUCAGUCACCACAUUCUGUUAAGCCUUUGUCUUGUCCUCAUCGACUUGGAGGCCUUCUACAAAGAGAUACCCCUAACGAGCACCGAUUUUUAUUUCAAAAAUUUGAUUAAUUUUGUCAUCAUUUAUUUUGUUUUCCUGGUGAGGUUUGUGGACUCCUUCAUCAGGUACUUCGUGUGCGUCUUCGAGGGGCGCCGCAACGACGGGGGUGAAGGUGCGAAGGAUGAUGGCUCCCCCUUUGAGGAGGACCCCCCCGUCGACAAGGAGCAAAUCUUCCAGUGCAGAAACAUAUACCCUCCAGAGGCAUAUUACAGCGACGUAGACAACGCAGAUGAGGAAAAAAAAAAAAAAAAAAAAAGCACCUGGAAAUGCACAGCCAAGUGGAUAUACCAAAGCGUCACAUUUGACGGUGGCGAAUUUCAAAACGUCUUGAUGGAGAGGAAGAAGUUGAUGAAGAUGGACUUCGACAAGUUUAUAGAAAGUAUAAUAAAGAAGCACCGAUUCGAGGCAGAGAAAAAAAUCGAAAUGAAUUUUCUCUUUACCCUAGUGGGAAUUUUAGACAACAUGAAAAAAGAAGGAGUGUUAAAAGUGUGCACUGUAAUUGUGGACAUGUACAAAGAGGCACAUACGUUGGUGAAUCAGCGGAAGAGGAUUAGCCUUCGCUGCACUUUUGAGGAUCUCCUAUAUAAAGAUUCGUAUCCCUUUUGCAAAAUGAGGGAAGGGGAGGAGGGACAGAAAAGGAACGAAGAUCAAGCUGAUGCUUACGCGGAUGAAGAGAGACACUCCAAGGGACUACCAUGCAUCAAGAAUGGGUAUCUAAAUGGGGCUGCAAAAACCGCCUACUACACGUUCCAAAGGGAGGAUCCACUGCCUGGGCACGAUGAUCAGGAUGACUUUGAUGAUCACGACAAUCUUGAUCAUCACGCGAGGGAGUUGGAGCACUUGCCCACGCAGGAAGGUGCGGAAACGGAUGAGGAAGGGAAGCUCCACUCUGUGUUGAUUCUCCGGCAGGAGGAAAAACAACACAAAAUGAAGAGUCGUGGUAUUGGCUUGGGGCACUCUGGUGAGCAAAACAAUGCGCAGGAUGGUGAUAAUCUUCUUCUUCCUAAACGGAGCGCGAACUUCGUUGCUAGCGAGGGGGACGAACCAGGUGAGACUGGGCACGCUGCCAUUUUGGCCCCUAAUGGUGGAGAAGUCGAACGGGGAGGAGCAACCAGGUUAGUGGCCGAAGGGGGGGUCACGACGGGGGACGCCCAACAAGGAGGACCUCGCAAAGGAAAACCUCGCAAAGGAGAACCCUCCAAAGGAGAACCCCUCUCUGGGGAACCCCCCUCGGAAGGCACCCGAUCGGACGAAUUCCGCUCCGAUGACGACUAUGAUGAUAACCAGGAUGAUACGAAGAACUACACCGUCGGAAUUCGAAAUUUUGCAAAAUUUAAAUUCCUCGAAAAAAGAAACGAGUUAAUGAAUGCCUUCCUUUCGUACUACUUAAAUAAAAUAUCGAGAAGUGUAAAAGAGUUCCUCCAAAGGGAGAAAUGGACUGAAGGGAAGAAGACCGAACUGGUGAGCAAAAAUUUUAUAUACCUCUUGAACAACAUUAUCGCGGUUUAUUCGUACUUGGCGUCCUUCUUGGAGAGCAAGGCGACUGGUGCCGCCGCUACUGGUGCUGCUUCUGCUUCUGGUGAGAGGGACCAUUUUAACGACGUUAAGGGUAAAAUAGGCGAGGCCCUCGAUCGGGUGUGCAAGGAGUACGCGAAGGGGAGGAGGGGAAAGACCUCUUCGGAGCUGCAAGCAGGUGGGGGCAAUCAUGACGUAGGCAGAAGCUACGUUAGCGAAAACCGCAUCGACCUGGGCAACACCGAGCAGAAAGAAACACACCAUGAGAAAAACCUAGAGAUGUACAUGUACAAACUGUACAUGUGCAAAAUGAAGAACUACAGAAGCAAUUUGCACUUGGAAAACAAAAAAAUCAUUCUCGUGAUAAUCAAAAUUUUAUUUAAGAAUUACAGUGAAUAUGUGCGCGACUUAUAUUUUAAUGAAUACGGUUUUGAAAAAUUGAGAGUGAAUUUUUUUUUCUUCUUUCACUGUCUAAAGGUUUUUGUCCCCAUGGAUGAUGAGCAUGUGCUGUUCGUAAUUCUAAAUGAAGUGUUAAUCAGUGCAUAUGAGCGCUCGACGAACUUCACCCCCUCCAGUGCAGGGGUUAAUGCCAUAUAUCAGUCCUUCUUACUAAACGAGAUUGACUGUGAUUUGGGGGCGAAUAGGGAUUUUAUAAUGAACAGCUUGAGGAGGGCAUAG